UUGCUUUCAGUGAACUCAUGGAUUCUUUCGCUUUUUGUGCUUUGUUGUGCCUGCUCUUUCAGAAACUCCUGGCGUCAAAACCAAGUCCAACUCUCGAACAAUGGGCAGCAAACGGCAAUUACAAUUGAUAACGACGUGUUCGGUGCAAAGGAUCAGAAAGAAUACUGCGGUCGGUCCCAAUGGGGAUCAGGGAUCGGCAAACUUUCCGAAGCGCACGGCGUCGCACUGUGCCCAUUGGGCAAACUGUUCGGUCCCGUCAAUUUCAGACCACAUGGGCAGGCGACGCCAUUUCGCGAACUCACGGGACUGGGAUCGCCACGAAACGGCCAAGUUCGAGCCGACUCUGUCCGAUGUUCUUCUACCAUCAUUAUUCUUCGACGUCCUGCGACAACACCAUUCUUCGAUGCCCUAGCCAGAACCUUCGACUUCCUUGUGGCUGGACCUUCUUCUCAAGCUGCAAUUCUUCGACGUCCAUCGACAUUCGACUCCUCGUGGACAUCACACCAUUGGACCUCGAUUUUUUUCUGGAACCACCUCAUACGCAGCACUACCACAGAUGUGCUGCUCUCCGGCGGCUGGACGGUGGCGACAUUCAUUCUAUCGAAGCGUCGUUCAUGGAAAGAUGAGACGCCCGGUCGAGAGUGGUGUGUUCCAGUACGUGUGUCCCAGUACCAGGACGAGGAUGGACGACGGACAAUUUGUAGUUAA